GAAGUUAAGGUGUUUGCCGUAGUGUGUAGCGCAGUUCAACAGGAGAGUGUGAACGCCUUCUUGAGCAAAUAUUCUAGCGAAAGAAAGAAAUCGCGACAAUCGAGAUGUCCGCAACGAAGUCGUGCGACCCCGAAGCCUUCCUCUUUGGCAUGCUGGGCGCAGCCUUCUCCCUUGCCCUCGCCAAUGUCGGGGCCGCCUACGGGACGGCGAAGGCCGGUGUGGCUGUGGCGCAGCUCGGUAUUGUGCAGCCCACACGCGUCAUGCGUGGCAUCGUGCCGGUCGUCAUGGCUGGUAUCUUAGGCAUUUACGGGCUCAUCGUGUCUGUGAUCAUCUGCAACAACAUGAAGAUUAACGGAUACCCGAUCUUUUCCGGCUACAUGCACCUCGGUGCUGGGCUGGCGGCUGGCUUCGCCUCCUUGGCGGCGGGGUACGCCAUCGGCAUUGUAGGCGAUAUCUGCUGCUACGCGUACGCCAAGACGGAGAAGGUGUUCGUGCCGAUGAUUUUGAUGCUCAUCUUUGCGGAGGCGUUGGGGCUGUUCGGUCUUAUUACGGCGCUGUUGAUGAACAACAAGGCCAACUCGGUGGUCGGCACCUGCACUUCCAGUUAG